GGAGAAAGCAGACAAAUAAAAAGGUUGAUGUGAAGUGAAAGUUGGCUUCCUAUAAAAGGGAUAAACACAGGUAUUAGAUGGUGGAGUUCCAAUCAGCUUCAAGUGUUUUGUUCUGUCUUUGUGUGUGUGUUGUGUGUCAGCAAAACCAAACCAAACCCAUCUCUCUCAUCUUCUUACUACUUUUCUCCAUUUAUUAUAAACCCCAAAAGCAUUUGUAGUGAGUAUUCUUCUCUAGGAACAAAUCCAUCACCUCAUGGACGCCUCUAGGGACGAGCCAAAGCCAUCUGAUUCCUCAUGCAUCGUUUCCACAUCCAACACUCUUUCGUAUCCAGAUUCUCUUAACCUGAGCCUAGAGCAUUACAACGUCGACGCAGAAGAGGGACAAGGAGAAGAUGAAUGUGAUCCAAAAGCAGGAAAGGAAGGUAUAAGGCUCGAUCUUACGCUAGCAGAAUAUGAUUAUAGUCAACCACAGCACAAUCAAGAACUCAACCUCAUCGACAACUUAGACGCGAGUGAAGCCACUCCGAGUUAUAAAGGGUCAACUUCCACUGCGCAGAAGCUCUUCUCAUGCAACUACUGUCAAAGAACAUUCUACAGCUCACAGGCCCUUGGUGGUCACCAAAACGCUCACAAAAGAGAGAGGACUUUGGCUAAGCGAGGGAAACAGAUGGAAGCUUUCGGCCAUCCAUAUGGUUUUGCUCCUGUCCCGUUCCACGGCCAGUAUAGCAACAGAUCAUUGGGUAUUCAGGCCCACUCAAUGAGUCACAAGCUAAGUUCAUACAACGCCUUUGGUGCUGGUGAGUAUGGUCAGUUCAACUGGUCAAGGAUACCGUUAGCUCAGCAACCAGCCAUAGGUAGACUAUCUUCAACAGAGAGUCGUCAUCAGAUGAUGUUUCCACCACCGUUGACUUCAACAAGUGAAAACUUCGGUAGGUUCAAUGCAGGAACGAUUCCAGUAGAUUCUGAAGAAGAUCAGCAGAAGAACCUUGACUUGUCCCUCAAACUCUGAGAUUCUUGUCUCUUCAAUUGUUUUUGUUUGUGCUGGUUUUUUGUUGUCAUUGAUAUGUUCACCAGUAUUAUCCAAGGGUGUUAGUAAGUAUUCUUGUGAAUAAUAUUUUGUCUAGCAUAGAUUUAUGUUGUACAUGUUUCCAUAUUUUGUACAAAUUUUCAGCUAGACAUCAAUGGAUUUCUUCUACUAUAUUAAACUUAUUUUUAGAGUAUAUAAGAAA